AUGACAGCGGCAUACAUUGUGCGGUUUAUAUUGACGCCGCGGGAGUUUGAGAAGCUGAAUGCACUGUGUCCGUUUGAUUUGAGCAACCAGGUGUCGGCAUUGCACCACAGCGAGAGCAAGAGUGCGCAUGUGCACACGUUUGUUCGGCAGCACACCCGGCUGUUUCUGAAAACCUACGGGGUUGGGUUGCUUGUCCAGAUGGCAAUCUCGGCCAGGAACCCUGUCCUAGGCGGCUCGUUCCGUCCCAGCCGUCCUGCAAUCAUGAUAACCAGCUUCUCGGCGGUUUAUCGCGUGCUGAACCGGGUGCUUUCCAAUUUAGCCCGAGCCCGUCUCGACGGAGUGUCUCGCAAGCGGGCAAUCAAGAUCGCCAUUCCAAUGGUCUCGGCCCUCAUUGCCGGCUCGGUUUUCCGCAUUUUGCCCGCCGGCCUACGCGACUAUAUCGCCCUUUACCUGGCCACCAAGGCGGCCGAAUACGUCUACAACAUGCUCGACGACCAGGGACGGUUCAACUGGAAACCCCGCAUAGUGGGUUCGUGGAUUCUGAUUCCAAUUGCCAUGUCCCAGCUGUUUUACACCCUGAUUUGCGAGCCCGACUGCUGUCCCCGCGUGUUUAGGGGCCUCAUGCUGUCCGUGUCCCAGGCCUAUAUGCCGCAGCGGCCUGUGGGCUACCCUGACGGCAAGCACUGGCCCACCGAAAAUGAGGUGCUCGCCAGUGUUGCGGAGAUCUCGCGUCUCAAGUUCCCCAAAUUCAAGUCGCGCAUUCUCAGCCCAAACUGGCAGGUGCCGCCCACUCUGAGCGUGAUUGCUCCGGUGCUCGAAAUGGCCUUGCCCUCUAAUACUACAAUGACCGGUGCCCUGCUACACCCAAUGAACCCUAAUGAACGCACGUCGUUCUGGAGUGCCGUCAGUGCCGGCUAUGGCUCGACAACUAAAUACUUGCUUCCGCUAUAUCUGAUUCUGGGCUUCACUCGCAGCUCCAGAUCUUCAGGGACGAUUCUCGCGUCAGCCAUUGGCAACACCUUCCGCACAGCCACCUUCAUUUCAAUGUCGGUCGCGUCAGCAUGGUCUGGCAUUGCUUUAUCACAGACUUUGCUGGGCACAAGAAUGCUCCCGCACAUGCGAUUCAGAAUCAUUGGCUUCAUGUCGGGUCUCUGGGCUUUCCUGGACCAGGUCAACGGCCGCCCCCGCGCCCUUUAUGCCAUCCGCAUGGCUAUCCUCAGCCAGUACAACAUGCUCAUCAAACGACGCGGUGGCAAGCCCUUGGUCAAGAAUGGCUCCACGAUUAUUUUCUCUUUAGCUAUGGCUGUCAUCUUCGCUGUCUACAACACUGCUCCUGAGUCCAUUUCGUCGGCUUUUAUUCGUAAACUUUGCAACUGGGUCCAGACCGGUAGAUAUUCUGAUCCCUCGCCGUUACCCCCCAGUGAUAGUUCAAGGUAG